CUUGGCUGGAAAAACGAUCUGCCCGGGGUUUUGUUUUUUGUUUUUUUGGCAACGCGCGCGCGUUCUGGGGAUCCUUGGCCUCGGCGCGCGCUCCCGGGAGCAGUGUUAGACGUGGCAGUUCGUCGAGCUGUCCUGGGCGGAGAGAGGAGCCGGCUGUCUCGCGCCUCUCCGACAAGCGCUCGGUGUUGCUGCUGCGGCGAGACCGGCUUGGCACGGCGCGAGCCAGGCAGGACGAGGGGACAAACGGGGCCGCUGGGAAGAGACUGGCCAGGGCUUUCCAUCAGAAAGACAACAUUGCUGAAAUGAAUCAGCAAGGAUAUGUUGCAGCACCUCCCUAUUCGCAGUCACAGCCAGGAAUGGGGCACUUUUCUCCAGGCUAUGGACAACCUGCUUCUUCAUCUCUGUAUGGACACUAUGGAGAUGCUAACCCAUCAUCUGCAGCUCAAUCAGGUAUGUUGAAAACAAGUGUGCCUUUUGGGUCUGCUGCUCCUGUUGGAUCUCCACCUCCUAAUGCGCGCCAGUUUAACCAGUCCAAUGUCCAGAAUGGGCCCAGCACUACAGCACAACAGUCGCACAGGUUUACAGCUCCUCCACCUUCUUAUCCCCCAUACAGUCAUCCAUCCCAAUCCUCUUAUCCAAAUUGCCCACCCUCUUCGUCUACAGCACAACUGGCUAAUCAGCUCAGCAGCAUGCAAAUAAAUAGUUAUGGUCCCAGUAAUGCACCAAACUCACCUCCUUGUAUGCCUUCUGGACCCCCUCCAUCUUUGCAAGGUCCACCACCUCGACCACAGCAAAUGGCCUUCUCUCCCGGUGCUCAGAUUCCUCCACCACCAGCAAGCAAUGUGAACAGUCACAGCUCUCCACCUUCACUCCCUCCAAUGGCCAGGCAGGAAGGGAUACCAGGCUCUAGUCCACUACAUGCCAACUUGCCACAGCAACUCUCAGGCCAAGCCUCAGGCCCUGGUUUUCCUCCUCAGUAUGGAAACUAUGGUCCUCCAAUGGCAGGGGCACAGCUGUCUUAUCCAAGUGGCCUCCCCUCUGGUCCUGCACAGUUAACUGGACCGCAGCAGAAGAAACUUGAUCCUGAUUCCAUUCCAAGCCCAAUUCAAGUAAUUGAAAAUGACAAAGUUUCCAGGGGUGGCCAAGUCUAUGCUACAAACAUCAGAGGUCAAGUUCCUCCUUUGGUUACUACUGACUGUGUGAUCCAAGACCAAGGUAACGCCAGUCCUCGUUACAUUCGAUGUACUGCCUCUUGCUUUCCUUCAUCUUCAGACAUGGCCAAACAGGCUCAGAUUCCACUCGCGGCUGUCAUCAAACCCUUUGCCAAAGUCCUACCAAACGAGACACCCCUUUAUGUGGUAAACCAUGGUGAAACUGGGCCCAUACGAUGCAAUCGGUGCAAAGCUUAUAUGUGCCCUUUCAUGCAGUUUAUUGAUGGGGGAAGAAGAUACCAGUGUGGAUUUUGCAGCUGUGUGAACGAUGUCCCUCCGUUCUACUUUCAACAUCUGGACCACACUGGCAGAAGAACAGACCACUACGAAAGGCCAGAGUUAUCUCUAGGAUCAUAUGAAUAUGUGGCUACUUUAGAUUACUGCAGGAACAACAAGCCUCCACAGCCACCAGCCUAUAUCUUCAUGAUUGACGUGUCAUAUAAUAACAUCAAGAGUGGCCUUGUUAAACUCAUCUGUGAGGAACUGAAGACUGUAUUGGAUAGACUUCCAAGGGAGGACCAAGAGAAGACUUCAGCUAUUCGAGUUGCAUUUGUCACCUACAACAAAGUCCUCCACUUCUUCAAUGUAAAGAGCAACCUUGCACAACCUCAGAUGAUGGUAGUCACUGAUGUCGGUGAAGUCUUUGUCCCUUUACUUGAUGGCUUCUUUGUCAACUUUCAAGAGUCUCGAUCUGUUAUAAAUAACUUGCUGGAUCAGAUUCCAGAGAUGUUUGCAGACACUAAUGAGAGUGAGACUGUCUUUGCUCCUGUUAUCCAGGCUGGCAUGGAAGCGCUAAAGGCAGCAGAAUGUGCUGGGAAGUUGUUUAUCUUUCAUUCUUCAUUGCCGACUGCAGAAGCACCAGGGAAGCUAAAGAGCAGGGAUGAUAGAAAAUUGGUCAAUACAGAGAAGGAGAAGAUGCUGUUUCAGCCCCAGACAAAUAUUUAUGAGACGCUGGCCAGAGACUGUGUUGCUAAUGGCUGCUGUGUGGAUCUGUUCCUCUUCCCAAACCAGUAUGUUGAUGUAGCCUCCAUGGGCCUUAUUACAAUGCACACUGGAGGAACUCUGUACAAAUACAAUAAUUUCCAGGUACAUUCUGACAGUCACCAAUUUCUAAAUGAUCUCAGGAAAGAUAUAGAAAAAAAGGUGGGAUUUGAUGCUAUCAUGAGAGUUCGCACGAGCACAGGCUUUAGGGCCACAGACUUCUUGGGAGCCAUUUACAUGAACAACACCACUGAUGUCGAAAUGGCAGGAGUGGAUUGCGACAAAGCAGUGACAGUGGAGUUCAAGCAUGACGACAAGCUGAAUGAAGACAGUGGAGCUUUAAUCCAGUGUGCACUCCUUUACACGACCAUAAGUGGUCAAAGACGGCUGCGGGUACAUAAUAUUGGCCUAAACUGUAGCUCCCAGUUAGCGGAUGUUUACAAGAGCUGCGAGACUGAUGCACUUAUAAACUUCUUUGCUAAAUCAGCUUAUAAAGCCAUUCUCAGCCAACCCUUGAAGACUGUCCGUGAGAUCUUGGUCAAUCAAACUGCUCGCAUGUUGGCAUGUUACAGAAAGAACUGUGCCAGCCCAUCUGCCGUGAGCCAGCUUAUCCUUCCUGAUGCAAUGAAGGUACUCCCAGUCUACAUGAACUGUCUUUUGAAAAGUUGUGUGCUGGUGGGCAAGCCAGAGGUUUCAACAGACGAGAGAACUUUUCACAGGCAGCUGGUUAUGUCGAUGGAUGUUGCUGGCACCCAGCUUCUAUUCUACCCACAACUUCUACCUGUUCACUCUAUGGAUGUAAAUAGUGAUGCAUUCCCUGCCGCUGUUCGCUGCUCAGAAGAACGUCUUUCUGAAGGAGGGAUAUUCUUACUGGCCAACGGACUACACAUGUUCUUGUGGCUGGGAGUCAGUGCUCCACCAGAGCUGAUCCAGGGGAUAUUUAAUGUGCCCUCCUUUGCUCAUGUCAGCACCGAUGCUACACUCCUUCCUGAACUGGAGAACCCCUACUCCACAAAACUGAGGUCCAUGAUUGAUCAUCUCAAGAGCAAAACACCUUUUUCCAUGAAGAUCCUGAUUGUGAAGCAAAGAGAGCAGCCAGAGAUGGUUUUCAGGCAAUUCCUGAUUGAAGACAAGAGUAUUUACGGAGGAGCUUCUUAUGUGGAUUUCCUGUGUUGUGUUCAUAAAGAGAUCUGUCAACUGCUCAACUAAUUGAUGCUUGAAUAUUAAUUCUCUUUACAUUUCUCAAGGGGGACUAUUCUUAAGUGACCAAUCCCAGAUGCCACCACCAGAAGGUGCUUUUUGUACAGUUUCUAAUUUCAUACACUAGUGCUCUUUUUCAUAAUGUUGUAGCCCACCUACAUUUAUGUAGAAUAGGCAAGUUUGCGCUCAGGUAUAACUCCUAUGGGAGAGCCUUUACUGUUCUUUAAAAGGAAGCAAAUUUCUUAUGGCAAGAUUCACAAUCUGUCAAAGCUUAAAGCAUGUCGUUUUCAUUUCACAAAGUCCUUAAUAAAUUACAAAGCAUUAUUAA